CACUGAAGAAGAAGUACUGUCAACGGGACUGUGCGGAACAGUAAAGAUAACGACGGCCCUUAGCGUUUUCCAGAGGAACAUAUUUUAACACUCCAUAGGUCAUUUGACAGUGUCCAGCGCUAGCUACCACUCUCUUGGAUGUUGACCUUUUCAGUGGGAGUGGAACUUCAACCAUGAGGAGUGUGUACCUCCUGCUGCCCGCGCUGCUGCUUCUCCUGGCACUGCCCGUCUCCAGGGGACGCUACAACGAUGACUUUGACGAUGGGGAAGACCUGGCAGACUUUGCAGAUGACAAUGACUUUGCUGAGUUUGAGGAUGUGAGUGAGGACACUGCGGCCGAGCCAGAGACGGCCCCUCCAACCCGUGCGGCCCCCCCUGCUCAGCCUGCUGAGGAAGAUGAAGAUGAGGACGAGGCCACAGUGGAGCUGGAUGAAGACGGACAGGAGGACGGCUUUGAGGACUCUGAUACACAGGAUCAAGACAUGUACAGCAAGUACGAUCCAGACGAGUUUGAUGGCAUGGAGAAGCCCAGCCAGUCCCUCAAAGACCCCCUGAUCAUCCACACAGUGCCGGCCCACCUUCAGAACAGCUGGGAGAGCUACUACAUGGAAAUUCUAAUGGUGACGGGCCUGCUGGCCUAUAUCAUGAACUACAUCAUCGGCAAGAACAAGAACAGCCGUCUGGCCACAGCCUGGUUCAACUCCCACAGAGAGCUGCUGGAGAGCAACUUUGCCCUGGUGGGUGACGAUGGCACCAGUAAGGAUGCAGUGAGCACCGGGAAGCUGAACCAGGAGAAUGAGCACAUCUACAACCUGUGGUGCUCAGGUCGAGUGUGCUGUGAGGGCAUGCUCAUCCAGCUUAAGUUUGUGAAGAGGCAGGACCUGCUGAAUGUACUGGCCAGGAUGAUGAGGCCAGUCUGUGAUCAAGUGCAAAUCAAAGUUACUCUGAAUGAUGAGGACAUGGAUACGUUUGUGUUUGCUGUGGGCACCAAAAAGGCCAUGGCCCGGAUGCAGAAGGAGAUGCAGGACUUGAGUGAGUUCUGCAGUGACAAGCCCAAGUCAGGGGCCAAGUACGGCCUUCCUGAGCUCCUGGCCAUCCUGACAGAGAUGGGUGAGGUCACGGAUGGUGUGAUGGACAGCAAGAUGGUUCAUUAUAUCACCAACCAUGCUGACAAGAUAGAGUCCAUCCAUUUCUCUGACCAAUUUUCUGGUCCAAAAGUUGUGCAAGAAGAUGGACAGCCCUUAAAGCUGCCUGAGACCAAGAAGACGCUGCUGUUUACAUUUAAUGUGCCUGGCAUGGGCAACACGUCUCCUAAAGACAUGGACACUCUGCUACCCCUGAUGAACAUGGUCAUCUACAGCAUCGACAAGGUCAAGAAGCUCCGCCUCAACAGAGAGGGAAAACAGAAGGCAGAUAAGAACCGUGCCCGUGUGGAGGAGAACUUCCUGAAACAGACCCACAAUCAGCGCCAGGAGGCUGCUCAGACCCGGCGGGAGGAGAAGAAAAGGGCUGAGAAGGAGAGGAUCAUGAGCGAGGAGGAUCCUGAGAGACAGCGCCGCCUGGAGGAGGCUGCUCAACGUCGUGAUCAGAAGAAGAUUGAGAAGAAGCAGAUGAAGAUGAAGCAGAUCAAAGUCAAAGCCAUGUGAGGAUAGACAGCUACAGGGAUUCAAUCACACAGCUCAGACGGUUUUCACACUGCUUCCAUCCAUCUCUCUCACUUCAACGCCCAGUUCUGGCUCACAGGCUCACACAGACAUUCCCAUCUCCAUGGGUGUCAAGCUUAGCUGUUUCUGUUCUCAUGGAAACACUUUGUCCAAUCAGUGAGGUUUUCCUUGGCUGUGAGUGAGCUGCUAGUGACAAGCGAGAGGGACAGAGGAGUUUUGCAUAUCAAGUCUGUCGCCACGACAACCCGUGCCAGUUUUUCUGUUUUGACUUUUUCUUCUGCCUAGGUCUUCAUUGCUCUUUUCAAAGCAAGUCGGCUCAAUGAGCUUUUUAAUCCAAUCGACAGGGAUUUGGGGGUGCACCUCUCGGUGGUAAAUAAAAUGCUCAUAUUUUAAAAGGCAUGAAGGAAUGUGAGGCUUGUUUCAUGAGUUAUUAAGUUAACACUGGAUGCUGCAAGACGAGAUGCAAAGUAUCCCAUUUUAAUUUAUAUCUAAGUGACAGUCAUUACAAGCUAUGUCUGUCUCUGGUGAAUUUCUAAGCAAACAUAAUAAAAUGCACUGGAAGCUAUUGAACAAUC